UGGGCUCGGGUCGUCCAGCCCCCCACCCCCGCUGCUCCGCCGAGGGGGAGGACGGCUGAAACCCGUUUCCUGAGCGUCGGGAGGAUUUUUUCCCCGUGACUUUUGUGAAGGAGCGACCGAACCGAGCCCGGUGAUGCCUGUCCUCUGGACCGUUACCUCCGCCCUGCUCCUCCUGGUUUCCUCCGUGGCGGGACCCUGGAGCGGCCUCCAGGAGAACGAGGUGGAGAAGGAGGAGGACCUCAGGAGCCGGGCCGGUGAUGUCAUUGAAAACGCCAUCCUAAGGCUCGGCGAAGCUCUGCGGAGCCGCACACACACAUCCAAGCUGCCUCCUCCUGCUCCUCCGAGCUCCAGUCCUGCUCCUCGGUGUCCAGGGAACCAGGAGAUGCAGAGGAGCGGCUGUGGAUGUCCAGCCGGAAUGACGAAGAUCGGCGACGCCUGCAGCUGCCCUGUGGGCUUCACCCUGAGUGCAGGGGGGGAGUGCACAGAUGUCGGCAAGUGUGGAGGAGAGGGGCCGUGUGGUCCCCACGCCAUCUGCACCUACACCCGGGGAUCCUACUCCUGUCGCUGUCACCGUGGUUACCUGAUGGUCUCUGGAGGGUGCCAGGACGUAGACGAAUGCGCUUUGGCGGAGGUGACGAGCCUGCAGGCGUGUCAGAGCGGCGAGGAAUGCACAAACACCGUGGGCUCCUUCACCUGCUCCUGCCCUGCAGGAUACGCCAAGGCUGUCAAUGGACAAGGAUGUGUCGACGUGGACGAGUGCGGCUUUGAGGAGCAAUGUGGGCGUGAGCAGGGAAACGUUUGCGUGAACACGCCGGGCAGCUUCCUGUGUCGGUGCCGGAUGGGCUUCAGAGCGGGGGCCCCCGCCUGCAUCGAUGUCGACGAAUGUUUGGAGAGUCCAGAGUUGUGCGAUGAUCAGGCGGUGUGUGAGAACACGCUUGGGAGCUACAAGUGUGUUUGUCAAGCAGGUUACCGUGGAAACGGUUCACAUUGCGUAGAUGAGAAUGAGUGUGCCUCAGGUAGCCACAGGUGUGACAUCAACGCGCGAUGCGGCAAUGUGAUUGGCUCGUAUUUCUGCCAGUGUUACCAGGGCUUUAACGGGGACGGGCAUACUUGUUAUGACGUUGACGAGUGCCUUUUGAACAACGGCCCCUGUGAGCAUAAUUGCACCAACGAGCCGGGGGGGUACAGCUGCCAGUGCGCCACAGGUUUCCAGCUGGACCAGGACGGUCACAACUGCACAGAUGUGGAUGAGUGCUCAGGUCCGAGCGGGCCCUGCGAACACAUUUGCAUCAACACUCAGGGCUCUUUCCGGUGCUCCUGCAGGCCGGGCUACCAGCUGCACAUUGAUGGCUACACCUGCGUGGACGUAAAUGAAUGCAAACUGGAGAACGGUGGCUGUUCUCAUAGCUGCACCAACAGCCCGGGAGGGCACGCUUGCAGCUGCCCUACACCUCUGCUGCUGGACAGAGACAACCUCACCUGCAGCAAUGCUACAUCCUGUAAGUGGAGAAACGGAGGCUGUGACCACGCCUGUACGGUGUCCGCUGAGGGACACAUCCAGUGCAGCUGUGCAAGCGGCUGGAAACUGGCUGAAGACAGCAGGAGCUGCGUGGAUGUGGACGAGUGCGGGGACUUCACCAACGGCGGUUGUGAGCAGCUCUGCCUGAACCGCCCCGGUGGGUUUAACUGCACCUGCAAGGACGGCUAUGAAGUCCGGGCGGAUGACCCCACCAAGUGCCUGCCUGUGUGCGACCCCCCCUGUCAGAACCACGGGGUGUGCGUUGGACCAAAUACCUGCGAAUGUCCUCAAGGGUAUCCUCGCUCAGGCUGCUCAGCCAUGUGUUCCCCCCCCUGCGCUCACGGCGGCACCUGUGUGCGUUGGAACCACUGCUCGUGUCCCCCUGGUUGGACGGGAGCCGGGUGUCACACAGCGCUGUGUGAGUUACCUUGUGCUAACAGAGGACGCUGUGUGGCCCCUGACACCUGCCAGUGUCCCUCCGACUACACUGGCCCUCAGUGCCUUUUGCCGCUCUGCACUCCCGCCUGUCAAAAUGGAGGAAGGUGUGUGGACGUCAACAAAUGCACUUGUGUCGAAGGAUGGCAAGGAGCCCGAUGCCAGAUAGAGCCGGUUCGGUGUCUGAGGCCCUGUGAGAACGCAGGUGUGUGCGUGGGCCUGAACAGGUGCCGCUGCACCAAAGGAUUUACUGGCAGCUUCUGUCAGACAGCCGUAACCACACCCUGUGUCCCUCCGUGUCAACACGGCGCCACCUGCAGCCCUCACAACACCUGUACCUGUCCUCAGGGCACCGCCGGUUUGCGCUGUGAGAAACUAACCUGUCCCGUCAUCACCGUGGUGGUCAGCACGGCUCGAGCAGUCAGGAAAGCUUUCAGGGAGAGCUUCGUCGAUCGCUGUGGACCUUUGGGAGUUCAGCUUUGCACUAAAUACAGGAUAAACCAGGCCCGGGUCUACCAGCAGGCCUACAGGGUUGGCUACAGAAUCCAGUGUCCUGAGCAGAAGGGCUGAUAAGUUCUGAUGGAAUCAGAUCCUGCUCAACAGAAACAUGAUCCGGUUCACGUCGAUGUUUAUUUACAUUCACUUUCCGAACACUGAAGUUUUUUUUUUUUUGAGUUUGCCAGCAUUUUUGUUCCGGUUUUCUGCUGAUGAUUUUAGAUUCUUAUAGACUAUCGGUGGAUGUUUAUUGAUUGAAUUUGAACAAAUCCGAUGAAAUGAGCAGUUCCACAGUGCUGGGAAUUUGCUGAAAGAUCUAAAUGUGAAUCAUUUUGACCACACAACUGUAAGUAGAAAACCUUUGAUCGGUGAAGUUUUGAAUCUGUAUUAAAGCACAAUAGAGUUGAUAAA